AAUUUAUUACAUAUUUCUAGCAUUAUGCUCACAUAUUAUCGUCUGCGACUGACCGCUAUAGAGUUACCUCCAAGUCGCUAAUCCCGCUAUUUCCGCCAUUUCCGCCCAUUCCUGCCCCGCGCUUGCUAACACAUGUUGUCGCAAAUUCCCCAAUCCAGCCAAGCCUCCCACGCCACACACCACUAACCCCAUCCAUCCUAGCCCUCCACCACCCCUGUUCAAAAAGUUCACUGCGUUGAUUGUACCCCACCACGCUCCCAGCACCCAUUGGCUGACUAUCAUCAAACCUAUCCUGCGCACUCAUGGCGUGAACCAUUAACUCCUCCUCAACCACGAAAUACACCCCAAUCCCACAGUCCGAAUACACCAGCAUGCCCCCCGAUCAAGCGCCCACCACCACCCGUGGUCGUGGCCGUGGCCGCGGUCGCGGAAGGGGACGAGGGCGCGGCGCGGGAGUCACGCCCGCGAGCGUCGACGCAACGCAUGGCGUGGUAGCAACACCAGAUGUCGAAAUGGCGUCACCGAACACGUCGCCUGCGUCGCCUCCGACCGAGACUCCUGCUUCGACGCCCAUUACGAGUUCCGGGGCUGGUGGUUCCACAGCGCCAGUAGCGUCGAUGGGCGGCGGCACGACGGCGCGCCCGGCGGUGCAGCGACUCGAGAGUCUGCGAGGUCGGGGCGCGAGGGGAGCGAGUGGUGCGCCGAGGGCGGCGUCGAAGUUUAUACCGAGGGCCGGGCGACGGACGGCGGAGGAGAGGGAACAGGCUGCUAGGGAGGAGGCGGAGAGGUUGAGGAUUAGUGCGAAGCUUGAGGAGGGGGAGAGGGGGAGGGGGAGGGGAAGGGGGGGGACGAGGGGGAGGGGAGGGAGGGGGAGGGGCGAUGCGAUGGGGAGGGGGGAUGAUAGGGAUAGGGUUGUUGGGAGGGCGAGUGGGCCGUUUGCGCAGGCGCCUGAGGCGGGAGAUAAACGAGGGGGGAUAUUUGGGCCGGGAAGUGGGAUGAGGUCUGGUGCUGGUGGUGGGGGUGGUGGAGGGGGGAUGAGGAUUAAAACUGAUGGCGGUGGAUAUAGGAGUGGAGGUGGUGGUGGAGGCGGAGGCGGUGGCGGAUACAGCGAGCCUGUCUAUCCUGAAGAGCUAGAAGAGGGUGCUGACAUUGCGCCACGUACGGAUAUCGAAUACAUCAAUCUAAUUAGCGACGACGAGGACGAUGUUGUCACAGGACAAUCUCGGGCGAGGAAUAAGGGCAAGGGUCUCGCGGGCGGACAUGCGAUGAACCCUAUUCGACUUACGAGGCAUGAACAUAAGGUGCGUGUUAUGCUCGUCAACACAGAUUCAUCAAGUGGUGAACCAAAGACAGAAGUGGAGGAUGUCGUCAAGAUUGAAGCCCCUGAGGAGAGUGGGUUAUUCUUUCCACAAGAGGAGCCAGUCGUGAAGAGCGAGCCAGGAGUCCAAGCUGCCGGGGCGGAUAAAAUGGAAGUCGAUGCCACACCUAUGGGCGAUAUCCAAGCCGGCGCUGAGGCCGAAGCAUCACCAUCCACCACACAAGAAACCCCAAAGCCAGCACCAGAGAAGCCCUCAGCCUUCCUCGCUGCCAACGCCAAGAAACCCGUCCUCCAAACUGAAGAGGAUGAACAAGAAUACGAGCGCUACCUCGAGGACAUCGACAUCCUCGCCCGCGAGCUGGGUGGUAUGAGCACCACAGCUCCGCCACAAACCGACGGCGAUGUCGCCAUUGGUGAAGACACCCAAAUUAGCCCGGAUCACAAGGAGGGCCGUCUGUACCUCUUCCAGUUCCCACCCAUCCUGCCGAAGCUGGCGAAUGCGGAACAUCUUGUCAAGCCAGACCCAGGGGACGCGGAUGUCCAGCUCAGUGACAUACCAUCUGGCACGAUCGACCUCGACGACACGCCAGAAGUCAAGGCUGAGCCCGCCGCCGAGGCAGAUGCAGAUGUGCCGCGACCCAUUAACGGAUCCAAAGCGAAGGAUGCGCUGGUGCAAGAGCCGGGAUUGAUUGGGAAGUUGGUGGUGAGGCGGAGUGGGAAGGUGGAGUUGAGUUGGGGGGGUACGAGUCUGGCGUUAGGACGCGGCGCGGAGUUCGAUUUCUUAACCACGGGGGUGGUGGUUCAGGGGCUUGGGGCGGAGAAGGGGGAAGGGGGGGGUGAGGAGAUGAGUGGGACGGGGAUGGGGAGGGUGAUGGGGAAGAUUGUGGCGACGCCGGAUUGGGAGAAGUUAUUUGGAUGA